GCGGCCAUUGUGUUGUGACGUCACGCGAAGGGGCGGUAGUCUGUUUGGACGGGCCCCAGAGCGCAGGCGGACGAGUGUCGCGGUGGCGUCUGAGAGGGAGUAGUAAUACUGUUGGCCCAAUAACGGGUGACAAUAUGGCAACCUUCCAGGAGUUCAUUCAGCAGAAUGAGGACCGGGAUGGGGUUCGAUUUAGCUGGAAUGUCUGGCCAUCUAGCCGCUUGGAGGCUACCAGAAUGGUGGUUCCAGUGUCUGUCCUCUUCACACCAUUAAAGGAACGUCCCGAUUUGCCACCCAUUCAGUAUGAGCCUGUGCUGUGCAGCAGAGCAACUUGCAGAUCCCUCGCCUCAGAGCCACCACUCUGCCCAUACCAAGUAGACUACAGAGCAAAACUCUGGGCCUGCAAUUUUUGCUACCAAAGAAAUCAGUUUCCACCAACCUAUGCUGGAAUUUCAGAGAUGAAUCAGCCUGCAGAGCUUCUGCCACAGUUUUCUACGAUUGAGUAUGUAGUACAGAGAGGACCCCAGAUGCCUUUAAUAUUUCUCUAUGUUGUGGACACCUGCAUGGAAGAUGAAGAUCUGCAGGCGCUGAAGGAGUCAUUACAGAUGUCUCUCAGCCUUUUACCUCCUACGGCUUUAGUUGGACUUAUUACCUUUGGCAGGAUGGUUCAGGUUCAUGAACUUGGUUGUGAAGGAAUUUCAAAGAGUUAUGUAUUUAGGGGUACAAAAGAUCUCACAGCUAAACAGCUUCAGGAAAUGUUGGGUUUGUCUAAGCCAGUAACAGCUCAGGCUAGUCGAGGUGCCCAGGUGCAGCAACCGCCUCCAUCCAACAGAUUUUUGCAACCUGUACAGAAAAUUGACAUGAAUUUAACUGACCUUCUGGGAGAACUCCAGCGUGACCCAUGGCCUGUUCCUCAGGGAAAGAGACCACUACGAUCACUGGGGGUGGCUCUUUCUAUUGCUGUUGGUCUGCUAGAGUGCACCUUCCCUAAUACUGGAGCUCGCAUUAUGUCUUUCAUUGGAGGACCAUCCACUCAAGGCCCUGGGAUGGUUGUGGGUGAUGAACUGAAAGCUCCUAUCAGAUCUUGGCAUGAUAUUGAAAAAGACAAUGCAAAGUUCAUGAAAAAAGCAACAAAGCACUACGAAUCCUUGGCAUCUCGAGCAUCUGCAAACGGGCACAUAAUUGACAUCUAUGCUUGUGCUUUGGAUCAGACAGGACUUCUAGAAAUGAAAUGUUGUUGCAAUCAUACUGGUGGUUAUAUGGUAAUGGCUGAUUCAUUCAACACAUCUUUAUUCAAGCAAACCUUUCAGAGAGUUUUCACAAAGGAUGUCCAGGGAUCAUUUAAAAUGGCAUUUGGUGGUUUGCUAGAAAUAAAGACAUCAAGAGAAAUAAAGAUUUCUGGAGCAAUUGGACCAUGUGUUUCUCUCAAUGCUAAAGGACCCUGUGUCUCAGAAAAUGAAAUUGGAAUGGGCGGCACAUGUCAGUGGAAAAUUUGUGGACUUGAUCAUAACGCAACACUAGCAAUUUACUUUGAAGUUGUGAAUCAGCAUAAUGCUCCGAUACCUCAAGGUGGACGUGGAGCCAUUCAGUUUGUGACCCAAUAUCAACACUCAAGUGGCCAAAGACGUAUAAGAGUUACCACAAUUGCAAGAAACUGGGCUGAUGCACAAGCUCAGAUUCAGAACAUUGCUGCGUCUUUUGAUCAGGAGGCUGCUGCUAUCCUUAUGGCCCGACUGGCAGUAUACAGAGCAGAGACAGAAGAAGGGCCUGAUGUGUUGCGCUGGUUAGACAGACAACUCAUUCGUUUGUGUCAGAAAUUUGGUGAUUACCAUAAGGAUGAUCCAAGCUCCUUCCGAUUCUCAGAAACUUUCUCUCUUUAUCCUCAGUUCAUGUUCCAUUUGAGAAGAUCACCAUUCCUGCAAGUAUUUAAUAACAGUCCUGAUGAAAGCUCGUAUUACAGACACCAGUUUAUGAGGCAAGAUCUUACCCAGUCACUCAUCAUGAUUCAGCCAAUCCUGUAUGCUUAUUCAUUCAAUGGGCCUCCAGAGCCUGUCCUCCUGGAUAGCAGCAGCAUUCUUCCUGAUCGUAUUCUGCUUAUGGACACUUUCUUCCAGAUCCUUAUUUAUCAUGGAGAAACUGUUGCUCAGUGGCGUAAAGCUGGCUAUCAGGAUAUGCAAGAGUAUGAAAACUUCAAACACCUUCUUCAGGCUCCUGUGGAUGACGCCCAAGAGAUUCUUCAUAGCCGCUUUCCAAUGCCAAGAUAUAUAGAUACAGAACAUGGAGGCAGCCAGGCUCGUUUCUUACUUUCAAAAGUAAAUCCUUCUCAGACCCAUAACAACAUGUAUUCCUGGGGCCAGGAGUCUGGCGCACCAAUUUUAACAGAUGACGUCAGCUUGCAAGUGUUCAUGGAUCACUUAAAGAAACUCGCCGUCUCCAGUGCAGCCUAAAGGUCCAACACAUCUGAAGGUUUUGUUAGCUGUGCAAUCACCAAAUGCUUAAUUCAGAUUUCUCCAUUAUGUGCAAAUGUUGGAAUACUCUGGAUGUAUGAGCGUGGGUCCGAUGAAUUUCAAUUUUUAAAACAUACAAUCAAACAACUGUGAAAUUUUGCCAUAUACCCUUUACUGACUUUUUUUUUUCACCAAUAUAUUAAAACAGAAAUAUAAAACAGUAAGUGUCCCUAUGCUCUGCAAAGAGGCCUUAAAGUGGAUUGUCAGAAGACUGCUCUUUUUAAAGGCUGACUUUCAAUAUUAGAAUUGUUUUCAUUGCAUUGGGUUAUUUACUAGUCAUUCUGUUAUUUUUGUCAUUCUUAAA